UUCGUUUACUGUUAUGUCAAUUAUAUUGUAACUAUGCACGUCAUGCAGUAUGUUAAUCAUAUGAAAAUUUUGUUUAACUUCUGCUAGCUGUCAAUUGAAACAUUUAUCUUCAUGUUAGUCAAAACUCAUUUAAACAAUAACAGCAUGUUUCGAUAUGUUAUAUGCAUAAAAAACAAUAGAAAAAUAUAAGAUGUUGUUGUAUACUUUAGUAGGAGGUUAUAUGUUAACGUCAAUGAUACUUUUUAAAUAUCCAACGUUAUUACAUAAAAAGAAACAAGUGAAAUUUAUGUGCCAUCAUAUCAGCCACAGAGGUGGGGCAGGUGAAGGAUACGAAAAUACAAUGCACGCUUUUAAACGAGCUGUGGCAGUUGGUACAGAAAUGUUGGAAUUAGAUUGUCAUUUAACAAAAGAUGGACAAGUAGUUGUAUCACAUGAUCAUAAUCUUUUACGUAGUACAGGUACGAAUAAAAGUAUUUCAGAAAUGAAUUACAGAGAUCUACCUCUACUAAAACCACGUCUUCCAAUAGAUUUUGAUCCAGAUGUAGAAUAUGUUGGCACAGAAAAAGAAGAAGAUAGACGAUUUGCAUUAUUGAAAGAAGUAUUUGAAGCAUUUCCCAAUAUACCAAUUAACAUUGAUAUUAAAGUUAAUAAUGAUGAACUUAUAACAAAAGUAUCAAAUUUAAUUAAAGAAUAUAAUCGAGAAGAAUAUACUGUUUGGGGAAAUUUUAGUGAUGAAAUAACACAGAAAUGUUUUAAAACGAAUCCUAAUGUAAAUUUAUUAUUUUCUAUGAGACGUGUAACUCUAUUAAUAGUUUUCUUAUACACUGGUUUAUUACCAUUUAUACCUUUAAAAGAAACACAUUUGGAGAUAUUUCUACCUUCUAUUUAUUUGAGAUGUAAAGGAAAUCCAAGUCCAACAUAUUUACCUUUGGAAAAAGUAAUUGUAAGAACUCUUAAUGUACUUCUAAUAAGACGGUGCUUAUUUAAUCAUUUAAGAGCUCGUGGUAUACACGUUUAUUUUUGGGUCUUAAAUAAAGAAGAAGAAUUUAAGAAAGCUUUUGAUCUUGGAGCUACCGGUGUAAUGACAGAUUAUCCUACAAAAUUGAAAUUAUUUCUAAAUAAUUUUUCUAUUGAAUAAGAUAUUAAAUGCAAUGAAUACAAGUGAUAUUGAUAUUAGGUACAUAAAAUAUUCAUUGAUUUAUUUCCAAUAUUAUAAAAUAUUACAAAAGAAGUAGAAUUUUUAGA